AACGGAUAUAUCAAAUAGAUACGUAGAUGUAACAAGGAAAAGUGCGUUGUCCUACUCAAACGUAAUAUUUGUAUUUGUUUGGUUUUGUCCUCUAACAAACAAAGAUCAGUUAAAUAUAUUUGUAUAAGUGCUCUGUAUCAACUUUCCACGUGCCUCGGUUUUCCAGUUUACAGACUCCAAUAUGCCGAAAAACAAACGAGAAAGGUCUCGUGUUGAAAUUUUGAUGAGAACCAGUCGGCAAAAAACUCAACAUUGAGAUUUUAAUUCUUAUACAUUCUAAUUAUAAAACUAAUUACUGGUAAACUUUGUCAUUCUCCCCCUAAAAUAUCCAAAACGUCAAAAAUGCGUGCCACCCGAACGUCUGUAGCAACCGAAAACGAGGUUUAAGUAUACACAAUUUCAAUUUCACGCAAGAAACCCACCGUCACAUUAUCUCCAAUAUUGGAGUCACCCCAGAUAGGUAGCCAGUUUCCCUGCGAAAGUUGUUGUUCUUUCUCUUAGAUGAAUCUGUAGCGAGGAACUCCUAAUCAUGGUGGCAGGGACUGUUGACAAACCGCUCACAUUUGCGGGCAUUCCCAAGAUUCUUAAUGGUGCUAUGGCUGGCCUUGUUGGGGUGACCUGUGUAUUCCCAAUUGAUCUAGUUAAGACAAGGUUACAAAAUCAACAAGUUGGGCCCAAUGGAGAACUUAUGUACAAGAACAUGCGUGAUUGUUUUAUAAAGACAUGGAGGAACCAGCCGUACCUGGGGAUGUACAGAGGUGCUGGGGUUAACUUGUUGCUGAUAACACCAGAGAAAGCUAUCAAACUGGUGUGCAAUGACUUCUUCAGACACCGAAUGGGAGAGGGGACUGGUCAGCUGACAUUUUUUGGUGCAUUAGUAUCUGGUGCUGGUGCAGGGUUAUGUCAGAUUGUUGUUACAACUCCCAUGGAACUCCUGAAAAUACAGCAACAGGAUGCGGGACGCAUUAACACAGGAGCAGGAAAUGCUGCAGCUGUCAAUGCCAAAAGAAUCACAGCUACACAAAUGGCAAAGAAGCUAGUUGCUGAGAAGGGCCUGCCAGGGCUCUACAGAGGUUUCGGUUCUACGGCCCUCAGAGAUGUACCAUUCUCUGCCAUUUAUUUCCCUCUUUUUGGAUACUUACAAAAGCUAGGGCCUGCUAGAAAGGAUGGAAAGCCUGGCACUGUAUUUUGGUUCAACUGUUUGUCUGGGAUAGUGGCAGGAUCUGUUGGAUCUUUUGCAGUCAAUCCCAUUGAUGUCGUGAAAACCCGGUUACAGACGAUAGAAAAAGGAAAAACGGAAGCUUCAUACUCAGGAAUAAGGGAUUGUUUUGUCAAAACCUACCAAAUGGAAGGAAUGCCAGCUUUUUUCAAAGGUGCAAGCUGUAGGAUUCUGGUCAUUGCUCCUCUCUUUGGAAUAGCUCAAACUUUUUACGAACUUGGUGUAGCAGAAAGAAUCUUGGGAUAUGACAGAUAAAGUGUAUUUAAUCUGCUGAAUGGACACAUUUAUUAAAGUGAAUUUUAAUCAAUUAUUUGAUGAAAUUUAUGCAUCAGUUACUUAGUAUUUUAUGUCUGCCAAGGUUAAGCAAGCUUUUUGUUCAAUGAACCACAUUGCCCUGUGGCAGCUAGUCAAUUAUUUGCUCUUCAUAGAGUUAUUGAAUUAUUGAAAUGAACACAAUUACUACAAAAAAAGAAUUUUUUGAAUUCUUUAAUGCUCCAGUUAAUAUUCUAGUCUAACCGACUUCCAAGGUUGAACAAAUUCAGGAUUCUUCCAUUAACUGCUCUUUUAUAGCUUGUCAUUUUUUUGCACAAGAUUGCACUUUUAGCAUCGAGUGUACUAACAGAAUCACAGAAAUAAAGCAACACAGCAUAAAG